UUGUCCGCGAUAUGUUACAGAUUUAGCCUUCUGUGCAUCAAAUGUCCUGCUCGACAGGGAAGGGAUCUUGUUUGACUGGACUCACAUGUGCAACAGUCACGGGUCGCCCAGCGGCCCGGGGCCUGCACACUCGGCGUACCUUCGAUACCUCUUCUAUCAGCCAUCCCUUCCGUAUAAACAACCUCGGGAUCCUAUGGGGCCCCCUUCUUACGGAUAAACACAGCGACGCUGGCUCCGACGCUACUCCAACAAGAUCAACCUCUGCCACUCAUGACCAGCUUAAUGCUUCUCGGUACCGCCAAAAUGCCGCCGUCCAUGUGCAAACACCGUCUUUCGCGAUCAUAUGGUCUUUGCAAACAGUGGAGGCUCCAGGCACGCGAAUGGCAGAGUGAAGGACUAGCAUAUACGAGCAGGCUAUAUAAACCCCGUCUCUCCGCUCCGUAGACGACCGCGGCACCGAUGCAGUGGUUUGACAUGGCACAGCUCCGCCGCAAACCC